GGUUUUUAACAUUAUAGUUGUCUGUCACCUAGGAACAAAUUUGUGUUGAUUAUUAUUUACAUGCACAAUGACUCUCCUUUGAAUUUAGAACAGGAAGAAUUUAUAUGAUUGAUAUUACUUUCUAAUAAGUAUUACAGUGUUCUAACUGUACAAUUGCGAAAGACGCCAGACAUGACAACUUACUAAAGUCAAGGAUGAAAAAGUUCACAGCAAAGGUUGCCUGCCAAGGCCAAGAAAAUAAAGAUUCCAAAGAUGAAGAAACUUGUUCAAAAGAAGAAAAGACAGACGAGUUUGAUUUGCAGCUUGAAUGGGACGCUAAAGAAACAGAAGACAAUCUUCGUCUUAAUUUCCCCAUUUUAAAAGAUAAAAAGUUUACUCUAUGUUACAGACCAAAAGAAAAUGCAGAGCCUGAGCCCAUACCGGAUCCCAUUAAUACAUCGCAGAAACUUAAACAAUUCUUUGAACUAUUAGAAAUUAAACCUGCGAUAUACUUAUAUCCAAAGGAGGACCCCCCUAAAGAAAAGCUAAAUAUAAAAGCAUUAAUUGUGUCAUGCCUUCUAAGUGCUACCAUACUGAUUGCAAACAUUACACAACUGAAAGCAGUCAUAUCAGAUGGAGCAACAGACCAUUUCAAGAGAGCUGUGGUAGCUUUCAUAGCUUUGUCGGUGUUAUUACAGAUUUUAAAUACAUUAUUAUUAAUUACAGCCAAUUUUGUCAAAGGAACAUCGAAGAGACAUAAAACAUUUGACUUGUGGAAAAACCGAUUAUUGAACGUUUCUAUUGUGGUAAUGGUUUUUGUUAUGAUUAUCAAUAUUGUCAUUGGUGCAAUUGGUAUUACAUAAAUUUAGAUUUAUA